AUGGACGCGCCCGCCUGCGCCGCGGCUGUGCGCGCCUUCCUGGAGCGCGGCCACACCGAGCUGGACACGGCCUUCAUGUACAGCGACGGCCAGUCGGAGAGCAUCCUGGGCGGCCUGGGGCUCGGGCUGGGCGGCGGCGACUGCAGAGUGAAAAUUGCCACCAAGGCCAAUCCCUGGGAUGGGAAGUCACUGAAGCCUGACAGCCUCCGGUCCCAGCUGGAGACAUCACUGAAGCGAUUGCAGUGCUCCCAGGUGGACCUCUUCUACCUACAUGCACCUGACCAUGCCACUCCCGUGGAAGAAACGCUACGUGCCUGCCACCAGCUGCACCAAGAGGGCAAGUUUGUGGAGCUUGGGCUUUCCAACUAUGCAGCCUGGGAGGUGGCUGAGAUCUGUACUCUCUGCAAGAGCAACGGCUGGACCCUGCCCACUGUGUACCAGGGAAUGUACAACGCCACCACCCGGCAGGUGGAAACAGAGCUCUUCCCCUGCCUCAGGCACUUUGGACUGAGAUUCUACGCCUACAACCCUUUGGCUGGGGGCCUGCUGACUGGCAAGUACAAGUAUGAAGACAAGGAUGGGAAACAACCUGUGGGCCGCUUCUUUGGGAAUAGCUGGGCUGAGACCUACAGGAAUCGUUUCUGGAAGGAGCACCACUUCAAGGCCAUUGCCCUGGUGGAGAAGGCCCUGCAGGCUGCAUAUGGCACCAGCGCCCCCAGCAUGACCUCAGCCGCCCUGCGGUGGAUGUACCACCACUCGCAGCUCCAGGGUGCCCACGGGGAUGCAGUCAUCCUGGGCAUGUCCAGCCUGGAACAGCUGGAACAGAACCUGGCAGCAACUGAGGAAGGGCCCCUGGAGCCGGCUGUUGUGCAGGCCUUUGAUCAAGCCUGGCACCUGGUUGUCCAUGAAUGUCCCAACUACUUCCGCUAGGCCUAGUCCUGACUCAAGGUAGCAGAGUACACUACAGUCUCUCACCCUGGCCUUAAACUUCAUUUAGCCUGUUCUUUUCUCAUCGUCUUAGUUAACAAAUUGUUUCCUAUAUUCUUGUAAUACUCCCAGUUGCCUUCACAAUGUGUAAAGGCAGGGGCUGUGAUCUACUCCGGCAUUUCCUGUCUGAAUAAAGCAGGCACUUGACCUGGGGUAGCCCAGGCCCAAAGUGAGCCUGGUGAACUUG